AUGUUUCCAUAUUUCUCUCAAUCGAAUUAUUAGAAUUCAUGGUAAUCUUAUUGCACUUAAAUUAUUGAAAUUAAUUAACUUGAAAUUACCACUUAAUUUUUAUAUCUCCAUCAAAAACAAGUAUUUGUAUUAAAUGACAAACAAUCAAACCAAAAAUUUUAAUUAUUUUACUGUGAAAUUCCUUACCUAUAAUUUGUAUUAUUUAGUAAUUACACAUGAAAUCUUUGAACACACAAAUCAAGUGCAUCAAUUACGCAUAAUACUUAAGCUGGUUGUUAACACAAGUUAAAAAUAGUUAUGAAUAAAUUUAUAAAACAAGUUUGUGGGCAUAAAUCUAUCGGUCGCCUACAUAGAAGUAGGGAGCAAAGAGAAGUUUCCCACAAACCUUGGAGACAUAGAAACACGACCCCAAUAAAUAACAAAAGUCAUGCAGUGAGUUAUGAGUUAUGCAUUGCAGGAAGGUUGUUACAGGUCGCCGACAUAGUUCAUCUACCUGAGGGAUACUGUAAAUUUGGGGUCGCAACAGCCGGGUGGGGUUUGUACAUUCUAUGCUAGAGGUUCAUUGACGAGGGACCAGCGGGUGUGUAAAGGACACUCCUAAGAAUUACAAGUUGUUGCCAAACAAGUCAUGACCAACCAUUGAAAGGAGUUGACAGCCCAACAAGUUUUGCUUUUCCUUUCCUCCUCCUUAAUGUUAAACCGAUAUAAAAUGGAUGGCUCACAGAGUCAGUUGAAGGAAGCAGCCAAGAGAUGGUUGACUACCCAGACCCAAGACGAGUCGAAUAGCGAAUAAUGUCAGUCGACUGACAGAAGUGGACAGAAAGAGAACUUGGUCAGCCAGAAUCGGGGUCUCAAUGAGAGACUCAGCCAGCAAGAUCCAAUACAGCCAUUACAGCAAGUCAAAUAGAGUUGACUUAAGGACCCAGGAAGCUAAGGGAAGAAGAAGAUGGAAGAUACUGGAAUUCGUGAGCAUCACUGGGGUAAAUCCACUUGUUAAUAGGCUCAUUCCCAGAGUUAAUGUUGUGGCUGACUUUCCUUGUUUGGUUUACUUUUUGUUUAUUAUAAUACUAAGACAUGCAAGUGAAACGAUAAAUGUCUACAAAUACUAUCUCUUUCUCUACACGAAAAGUAUUAAACAUGUAUGUUAAAUUUUCUCCUAUCACUUAGCAAUAAGUAUGUAGAGUGUCAGUACCUGCUUAUCAAUAUUAUUAAUUUAACACAAACAUUUCACCAUAUAAAUUCAUUUGAGUAUAAAAAAUUGCCUUUGAUUUUAAUUGCAGUUACUCCAAUACAACAAUCAGAAUAGAUAACACUCAGUGAAGUAAAACUAUAUUGGUCCGAUUGACCAAAUAAUUCUUUCCAAUUAAUUAAAGAUUAAUUAAUUGAAAAGACUAUAUUCCAACAUUAAAUAGACAACCCAUUUUACCAAAUUGUUUUUAAGGAUGGAUUUUAAAACAAGGGAGGAAAGACACGUAUCUUUAGUAAACAUGACGUGGCAAAAAUAUUCAAACAACUUGUAUGUUACGAAUAUACCAAUAUUUAAUAUUAUUAUGUUUCAUUUGUUUUAUAGUAAGUCGACGUUUUGAGGAAUUUCCAAGACUGUAAAUAAAGGGUGGAUAAAAACUUUGGGAGGAAAACGAUGACACCGACACUAUCAGUUAAAAGGAGUGACAUUAGAGUUAAAAAUAACUUUUAGGAGAAGAAUUUGGGAAGAGCAAGAUUUGCUUUAUAAGUAUGAAAGGUAAAAAGUGGCAUUGGAGGGCAAGAACAUCUGCCAUAUAUUUGUCACAAAAUAUACCUUUUCAACAUUCAUUUAGAGUAAUCUUUGCGACCUCAGUCUUAAACUUGUCUGAAUUGAUAGCAUUGAGAGAGGAUUUGCGAAAUACUAAAAAGAUCAUUUACUUUCAUGAAAACCAAUUGAAUUAUCCAAGACAGGAAUACAAAGAUAGAGAUUUUCAAUAUGGUUAUAAUGAAGUGUUAACCUGCCUCGUUGCAGAUUUAGUAAUUUUCAAUUCAAUGUUCAACAGAGAUUCAUUUUUAAAUGGUAUAAAAAAACACUUUGACAUCCUACCAGAUUAUCGCCCGAAAAGUUUAAAAGAAAGAAUUGAAAAUAAAUCUCACGUUAUUUAUUUCCCAAUUUUAAAUUUAAACAACCCUGUUUGCAAAAACUACAAUGUGAGGCUGCACAUCGUCUGGCCUCAUCGUUGGGAGCAUGAUAAAAAUCCUCGAGCGUUCUUGAAUGUCAUAUGUCGCCUGAGUAAGAACAGUUCUGAUUUUGAUCUUUCUAUGAUUGGAGAACAAUUUACAGAUCAGGACACAUUUGAAGAGAUAAGAAAAGAUCUGGGAGACCAUAUUGCAAAUUGGGGGUAUGUCCAUUCAAAAGAAGAUUAUUUCCAGAUCUUGUCAAAGUCGCACAUCGCUGUUUCUACCGCAGACCAUGAAUUUUUCGGGGUAUCUAUGUUGGAAGCAGCACAAAGAGGCUGCCUACCACUUUGUCCAGACAAAUUGGUUUACCCUGAACUAUACCCAAGCUGUUGUCUAUAUAAAAACUAUGAAGAACUGUACAACAGACUGGUUUAUUUCUGUACAAAUGUUCAUAAAAUUAAAUCUCUUGUUCAAAAUUUGAAUGUUGAUAGAUAUAACUGUAAAUCACUUAUUCCAGAAUAUAUUAAACUUUUCAGAUGACAUUUCAAAUGUAAUCAUUUUAUUUAUUUAUAUGUAAAUAGUUAUACAUUUUGAAUAUUCAUCAUGUGUAAAAUUUUGCAAUACAGUCUA